UUAACAUUUUGCGCUAUUUUCGUGCACAUUCGAACAGUUUCCUUCCUUUUACAAAGGGUACCUGGGUCUCUUUUGUGAUCAAAUUCGAGAGUAAUCCAGCAAAAAUGUUAUGUCUGUCGAAAUAAAUAGCUAACAUUAGCAUCUUCGGCACGUGUGCUGUCGUCAAGUCGAUUUGUUACGUAACACCAGAGUCUUAAUGAUUCUUAUACUGUAGCGUCGCGACAUGUUCGCUUAUCUGCUUCAUUGUUAACAGUUGCCCGCACAGCAGGAGGCAAAAGUAGCGACACUCAAAAGCGCUUCGCAAAUAUGGCCACCCAAAUGAAUGUUGACGCCACUAAUAACUGCGUGUCCUCUUCAACCUGUGAAAAUAGCAGAAUGGUCGCUCCAAUGCUUUGGCUUGUAAGAGUUUUCUGUAAAGAGAGGAAAACAAAAAAGCUUGGUGAAGUGCAGCUAUGUGGGAGAACCCGCAGAAAACAGAAGUGGUCGACGGACCCGCGGAACAGCGCCUGGAGCAAUGACGACUCCAAGUUUGGCCAGAAGAUGCUGGAGCGCAUGGGCUGGUCCAAGGGCAAGGGCCUGGGCCGAAGCGAGCAAGGAGCCACCGAGCACGUCCAAGUCAAAGUGAAGAACAACUGCUACGGUCUGGGAGCCCAAGGCAGCCAGGAGGAUAACUGGAUCGCACACCAGGAGGAUUUCAACGACCUCCUUGCUCAGCUCAACAACUGCCACGGCCGAAACAACAACAGCAGCAGCAGCAGCAGCAGCAACGCUGAAAGUCCGCCAGAGCUGCUGCAGAAAGGCUUCAGCCUGGAGGAGAAAUCCAAGACGUCCAAAAAGCGAGUCCAUUACAUGAAAUUCGCCAAAGGGAAGGACCUCUCUUCCCGAAGUGCGACGGACCUCAACUGCAUCUUUGGGAAGAGAGCAAAGUGUGCCGCACAUCCAGAGCAGGAGAGCGCCGAGAGCCCGACCGACAAGAGCCCGACCGCCGCCGCCGCUCACGAACUCGACACGGAGUCCAUCACCAAGACGGUGACCAGCACGCUCACCACGCAGGAGUACUUUGCGCAGAGGAUGGCCCGGCUGAAGGCGGCCCGCCGGCAGGUCGCCGAGGACGCGCACGAGUCGGAAGAGCCCAAGAGGAAGAAGAAGAAGAAGGAGGAGGCGGAAACGGUGAGCGGUCUGGAACAAGCGGCUGAGCCCUCGAAGAAGAAGAAGAAGAAGAAGAAGAGACCAAAUGAGGACGCUGCGAAGGAAAACUUGGCUGAGGAGAAGGACAGUGAGGAGCGGAAGGAGAAGAAGAAGAAGAAGCCAAAAUACAAAAUGGAGAUGCCGAGCGCAACGCCGGCGGUUGAACCUGAGGAGAAAUCUGGCGAGGAGCAAGAGCUUGUCGUGCACAAGAAAUCCAAAAAGCUCAAGAAAAAGCAGCGAAAUUUGUGAGGAAUUGGCUUAGGAAGAAAAAGGUUUUCAAAAAAAAUAAAAAAAAAAUAAAUAAAAAUCUGAUGACA